UCCUCCGUCAGCUUAAAUUGCCCUUUUCCUUUCAGACAGUCUGUCAGAGGAGCCGAGAGUGCCGAGAAAUUUCGGAUAAACCGCCGAUACCAGCCAGCUGUCCCCAAAAAUCUCCGGAUUUGUCUCACGUUCCUUGGCAUUGGUAUUUUGGCCUGUACUUUCUCCGGAUCUGUCCUAAGUUUGCCUCCUUGAGACACUUGGCCACUUCCUCUAACAGGUGUAUAUGCUCCUCAAACGUCCGGGAAAUAACUAGUAGAUCGUCUAAGUAUACAAAGACAUGGCUUCGGAGUCGUUGUGGAAUUACUCGAUCCAUCAACCGACACAGCCGUUGGGCUGCAUUGCACAACCCGAAGGGCAUCGAUUUAAAUUGAUAGAGUGGUCUGCCCGGCACCGUGAAUGCUGUGUACGUCCGACUUUCAGGCUCCAGCUCUAUCUGCCAAAAUGCGUGCUUUAAAUCGAUGCUGCUGAUGUACACCGUAUCCUCUACGCGGCUCAGAAUUGACUCGAUGCUCUGCAGCGGGCCUACUAUAUGCGGAGCCAGACCAAACUUCCGCCAGAAAUCGACCCCUAGGUACAGCGGUUGUUUCAGCGAGGGACACAGGAACAACUACAUGGUCUGCUUUAACGUUGGAGGACCUAUCUAUUGGCUGCUUCGCGGCGACGUGGAACUCGACUCCUCCGAUUGCGUCGUGCUCAUUUUCGCGUUUCCCGGCCGACAUUUAGGGCAUUUAGGGAGAAUGACCCCGGCCAGCCCGCACUUGUAGCAGAACAGGUUACGCACGGCCGACUCACACUCAAAAUAGGUGUGACCCGGCUGAGCGCAAUUCCAGCACUUCAGCUGGGUGCGGUCGCCUCCGGAUUCCCUCGUCCUAUGGACAGCAUCCAAUGCCUCGGUCUGUUCCUCCGGGUCGU